AUGUAUCUUAGGAUAAGACCAGCAUCGGUACUUCAAAAGAAUUACAUCGUACUCGACACGAGAACUCUUUUAACAACAUUUCAGCCGUUUGAGGAUAAAUUCACUCGAAAUUCGAGAUGUGCGAAAUCGAGCGAGGCCGAAGGCAGACGGCAUGUCUUUACGAAGAUUUUUGGAUCAGAAACUUCGCAAGUGGAAAUGUUCGAGGGAUCCAUAAAACAUCGAGUCGUGGAGUUUCUCAGUGGUAAAAGUUCAACCAUCAUGACUUACGGCAUGAGGGAUUCCGGGAAGACUUACACGCUGUUCGGCACGUCCUCAUCGCCCGGUAUAAUAACGCGUAGUAUCGAGCUUGUAUUUUCGACGAUAAACUGCACUAUAACGCCAUGGUACAAACCGACGUUUCAAGAUACUGUGCUCUGCUUGAAUGAGAUCGCGCGAGUUUCGGAGAUGCAACGAAAAACGCGAGUAUUAAAUGGACGAACAAUGAAUAUAAAUCAGAUAUCUGCGGAUGCCAAAAAAUUUUUGGAGAGCUCACAGCCAGGUAAUCCUGGCUGUAAAUCCAAAGAGUGUGAUAGCGAGUCAAUGUACGCCGUCUGGCUGUCCUUCGCGGAGAUUUACAAUGGAAAUGUUUACGAUCUGUUGGACGACGCGGAAACACGUUCUCCGUUGAAAUUGUAUAUAAACACUGAAGGGCAAGCUGUUUGCGGUUUGCAAAAAGUGUAUGCCUUAACUGCGCUGGAAGCCUGUCAGAUUCUCGUGGCAGGCCAAUCGAGAAUGAGCGUUGUCACGACAGGAUCGGAGAAGUCUCGAUCACAUACUAUUUUCAUGAUGAAAUUACUGAAGUAUCAGAAGGAUUAUGCAGCGGAAGAAGUGAUACUCAGUACUUUGACUUUUUGCGACUUGGCUGGUUCUACACAGUUCAAAAAAUCGCAUAUGCGCGAAGGAAGUAGCAUCAACAACAGCCUGCUAGUGCUUAGUAGAUGCCUCCAGGCUGUGAGUCAGAAUCGAAUGGCACCAUUCCGCCAGUCAAAUUUAACGAGAAUAUGUCAACGAGCCCUAUCAGGUGAGGAAAAUCUGAUUUUUAUAGUGAAUGUCAUUUUUCAGUCAAAUCUGUUUGAUGAAAUACAGAGCAUUUUUAAUUUCUGUGAUAUAGUUAGAAAGCUAACAAAUUAUCAUAAGGAAUAUAAACAAAUUUGCGAAUUUGAAGAAACUAUCCGUAAUCUCGAAACAUUUGAUAAACUUGAAACUAUGACAUCAUCAUCUAAUUAUCAAAGCCCAUGUGAGAUUACAGAAACGAUUGGCUCUACCGAUUCGUUAGAAUGUAGAAAUAUACGAGAGCAGAAUAGAAGACUGAAGCAAGAAUUGGAAACUGUUAAAAGUGAUAUGUUAAAUUGCGAAUACACAAUUCGACAACAACUAGCCGAUCAUAAUUUACGCAUGAUUAAAGAGUUGGAAGGGACCUACAAAAAGAAUACUAAGAAGAUCGAAACUGAGGGAGAGGAUCUAUUAAAAUGGUCUAUCAAACAGGUUGAAAGCUUUUACAAGGAACGCAUCGAUAAUCUGAUGCAGCAUAAGAAGAGAAAGCGAGGAAACAGCGGGGAUUACGUCGAGGAUAGUCAUACACUUUACGAAGAACUCAAAGCUGAGAAUGCACAGGUCACUUCUAAGAUGAUGAUUCUGAAAGAAGCGGUAAAGAAAUUGAAGCAAGAGAAUAAAACGAUCCUCUGCGAAAAGAAUAAAUACAGCUUUGAAUUAGCUUUGGUAACGGAAGAAUUGAAAAAGUUUCGACAGCUCACGCGAGCCAGGAUUCGUAAGUGGGGUGGCAACACUGAAAACAUCGAGGAUGAUGCUGAUUGUCUCAUGAACAAUCUGGAACGGUUAAUGGAUGAAAAAAUAAAAAGAACCGAGGAGAAACUCGAAGAGAUGAGCGAAUAUAUUCGUGUAAUAGAAAAUAAAGACGCUGAAACUGCUUCUGGAGCGAAACAGAAAUUAUCAAAAUCAGAAUAUCUUUUGAAUGAUACUUUGAACAAAGUGAAAGAAUUAGAGGAGGAACUUUUGCAAGAAGCUUGCAUCGUCAAACUGCAGCAUCAUACACAGUUGCAAGAAAGACAGCUUGUUGAAGUUCGACAGUUCUCGAAUGAUACAAAAAAUGAAAUGAAAAAUCCCUCACGAAUGUGCAUGAACUCAACCACAAUUGAACAACAUGAGUUUAACGACUGGAUCACUAUUCCUACAUUGUUUGCGAAUCAUGUCAAAUCAAUGAAAAAGAAACUCUCAAACGUGUCAAGCGUUGAUCACAAAAGUCUCUUCGAAAGUAGUGGCAGUAUGGAUUGCAGCGGUUCUAGAUCGAGUGACAGAAGUAGCAAAGACUCGGGUGUAAGUAGCGAAUUACGAAGAUCUACCAGCGUAAGUGAUCACACAAGUAUCCGCGAAAAUGAGGAUAAGUGCACACAAACUUAUAUCAUCGAUGAGGACAGUCAGAAUUUAGUGAAAGAAAACAUUGAACAGCUCGAAAAUAGUACAGAUUUGAAUAAAUGGAAUUAUCAAGAGACGGUACAUGUUGCUGAAUUGUCUGAGGAUCUGGAAACUAUUCGGGAUAUGAUUUAUGCAUUAAAUGAAGAGACUUAUACGAACGAUUAUCAAAUGCUGCACAAAGAAGAAACAUUGGAACGAUUGAUUGAAGAGAAGAAUGAAAUUGGAAUCAAAGACGAUGGUGUAUCCAAGGUGACAGAAAAUAAAAUACAAGAAUACAAACGUGAGAUUUGUGAGCUAAGCCGCAAACUAAUAAAAGUGUUUAGUAGAUGCGCAAAUGAACAUUUACCAAAGAUCGAAAAUUUGGAAGAAGAAUUGUUACAAAAGACUCUACAGAUAAGCGAGUUCGAUAGAAGGAUUGCUGAAAUGCAACAUGAGUUUGCGAAAGAUUACGAAUUGUUCCAGAAGAUAUAUGAUUUUGAGAUUAUUGUGAACAGAUGUCAAAAAGACAAGAACGAGCUUUACACGCAGUUAUAUGAAUGUUCUGAGACUCAAUUGACUCUCGAGGAUAAACUGAAGAAAUUAACAAUGAAGAUAACAGAAAGAGAGAGCGAAAUUAUCCCGUUGAAAAGUGAAGUACGUAAUAUAGCAGAUCUGAACGUUGUAAACAAUGAGAAAGCGAGAAAUCUGAGUGAGCAAAUUAUCGAAGCAGACGAAAGUAUCGGUUUGGUUAAGGAAGAUCUGCAUUGUUGCAAAGAUUUGCGUAAAAAUGUGGAAAAUACCAUGAAAGCGGAAAUUCAUAAUUUGAAAUCUCGAUUAAAUCAAGAAAAUAAUAUAAUACUCUUGAACGAAAUUUACAAGACUUAUAGCGAUAGCCAGGAUGAAAUAACUCAGAAGAAUAAAUAUUUUGAAACUGCGAACAGUUCAAAUAACUUGGAGAGCUCUUUAACUGAGAAUCAAAAACAGUCAGAAGAAAUCUUAAAAGACCAUGAAACCAAAAAUAAUUCCGCAAGCAGUUCCAGUUUCGUGCCUAAUCACGCUAGUUCGGAGACAUUAAUUGUUUCGUCAGCUUCAAGUGAAAAAUCCACAACUUUUUUCGAUGAGACUGAUGGCUUUGAUUACAUUAGCAUUAAAUUGAAUAACAAAUCUUGUCAGACAGACAGCAGUGUAAAGUCAAACGUAUAUUCAUCUGUAUGCGAAACUGAUAGUUCUGAAAUGGAAGAUAAUUUUAACAUGAGAUUACCAAAGACAAAAAGAAAAGUCCAAAUUGGAUGA